AUGCUCAAGGAGAGGUUGGAGUCUCAGCAGAACGACCUCUACGCAUCCCUCAGCACCAUCGACGCGACAACCUCGACGGCCUCUGCCUUUGGAUCACCAGAACAAGUGAUCAGUCUGAACAGGGCUGGCUCGGAAAUGCAGUCAAAUCCCAACCAUCUGCGUCGCAAGCGCACUAGAUCUCAGUUUGAAGUCGAGGUGGCUUCGGUGCCCAACUUCGCGGCCAAAGGCCUCGUCACACUUGACCAAGCCGAGUUGUUCUUCAACGCCUUCUUCCAAGGUUGCGAUCGCUACGUCCCCAUUUUCGAUGCUCUACACGAUACAUUCGAGUCGAUCAGUUCCCGGAGUGCGCUACUCUUCAACGCAAUCAUUACCAUCGGAUGCGGCGUGCUCAGCGACGCAGAUUCUCAAAUCUGUCAUCUCCUCAACUUCCACCUGAAGAAGAUGCUAAACCUGGUCAUUGUCAAUCCCGAGCAUGCGUCUCUGGAGACUAUUCAAGCUCUCCUAGUCACGGCUUGCUAUACGUCAGAGAGGUCUCUGCUCCUUGCGUUUGCAACGAGGAUGGCCCUCGACUUGGGCCUUCCGGACGCGUACGAGGAUUUGACCAGAAAGAUUGUUAGUAGGAGUCCACUAUCCAAGGGUCCGGGCUCACAGAAGUACGACGAGGCUGAUGCUGUGUUGAUGAGACGCGCUCGAGCUUGGUUUCAGCUGAUGGUGCUCGAGCAGAUCCUUCGGGUGGACGCAGGUAAUUUGCGGAGUUUCCAUCUGCGAGGCGACCCGAGGCGAUGCCGGAUCCUUCUGGACAAACCAUUCACCUCGGUUCUGGACCUUCGAUUACUAUCGCAGGUCGAGCUGAACUCGCUCAGAGGGAGGACGCACGACUCCAUGGCGGGGACGGAGGUACUGGAUGAAGACGCGGUCAUGGACAUCCUCCGUGACGUUCAGGUUGACAUCGAUGUCUGGUACAACGACUGGAAGAACAUCAUGCAAGGUUCACCAAGUGCCGAGACGCCGGUACUCCUGCUCAACCUUGAAGUGCAAAAGUAUUGGUCUCAGACUGUUGCCCUGUGCCGGGCGCUGCGUGCUCUGGGCAGUGAAAACAUUGCCGCCAUGACCAUGACACAGCGGGACAUCCUACACAUGGCCAAGGAUGCUCUCAAGGGCCAUCUCCGAAUCAUCCUGGACCAGCCGCAACAUUACCUGUCCAAAUUUUGCUACGCGACGGACUUUGUUUGGGCCAAGUGCGCCUUUUGCUUUUUGUUGCUCCUGAAACUGACCCGGCUGCUGCCUGAAGAGGACGACAGCUCGAAGCGACAGCUGCUGGAUGACGGAUAUAUGCUCCUGAAUGAACUCAACAAAGCAGGGGGUGGAUGGACAAGCGGCGGCCGCAGCAACACCAGCAGGAUGUACCUGCAAGUCCUCCAGCAAAGCAUCCAAAAGUACGGCCGCGCACUUCAAAACGACGGCACGGCACCUCCUCCUCCUCCCGGCGGUCAGAGUAAUCUCGAGGAAGUCAACAUUCCGCCAGAUCCUCGCUCGCCGCUCAAUUUCUUCUGGACCACAGGAGGCACCGCGACGGCGAACGAGAUCGAGACGUUCGUGCCAGAGCAGUUUGUUUUCGAGUGGGAUUUCCCAGGCUUGACCCUGUUCUCGUCGCCGGCCAUGGGUGAUAGCUUCUUCGACGAGUUCCUCAUUGGCAAUGGGGCGAAUGAUUCCUUGUUCUUUGGAAUGCUCGGGUAG